GCGGCAAUUUCCGGAGUUCACUGCCGAUGCUUUGAGCCCGGCCACUUCGAUCACCAGGAUGGCGAGCCCAGAUGGGCGGACGAAGUUGGCCAAACUGAAGCCGAAAGGCAGCACAGGUAAACUUUCCAACUCCACGUCAGCAGCGGGCCUGCAGUCCGGCGAGAUCGAUUGGAGGGUUUUUGGCCUGGAUCUUGAGCCUGGGGCCAUUGGUGCGGCCCGAUCACCUGUGCCUCCUCCCCCGAGGCUUGGGAGCGGACCUGGCGGUGUUCCGCAGAAGCGAAGCACGGCUGGCGUGAGGCUGGACAGCCUGGACAAUCCGACCUCAUUCGACUCGGUGGACCUGUCCCAUUUGCGGUCCACUGUGAAGCGAGCGCCUGGCUACCAGGAGCAGCUGCCUCCGCUCCUGACUCUGCUAGAAGAGCGGGGGGUGGACUAUGGCCGUCCCAACGUGGACCGGGACGUGCAGCUGCCGCUGGAGGCCUUCGAGGACACCACGAUGUGGACGCGCACCCCUGAGGAGUGGCAGCAGCUCAUGUGGGACGAGUCCAGGCCUUGCCCCCUGGCCUGCACGGCGCUCCGCACUAUGGAGGAUGGCAGCGGGCGCUGGCAGAGCGGGAGCGCGCUCAGCUGGGAUGCUGCUAGCCAGCGGUACAACGUGAAAUGGGCCAAUGGUCAGGAGGACAAGGUGCUGAGCCUCCACGUAUUUUUCGAGGGGGACGACCCGGUGCUUUUCGCCGACCGCCUGAAACACGCGCUGCAGAACAGAAGAUAUGCCAAUAGUCUUCUGAAGUAUCAUUUCUUUGUGGACAGCAUGCCGGAAGACCGUUCCCGCAAGAUUGGACGCGAGUCUGUGGCACGCAUCUCUGAGCUGGCCAAAGGCAUGCUAUGGGAUGCCAACAGUGAGUUUGCGGACAAACUGAACGGCAAGCUGGAAACCUUGCUGCAGGAGGCGCAGAGGGAGUACAUCCGGGUGCAGAAUUUAAUUACAUUUGAGAAGGUCCGCAAUCACGGGAACCUCACGGUGCUUCCGCCAGAUCUGGUCUUGCCACCGCCGCCGGAGAAGCCUUUGGUGCCGUACCUGGCAGUGAAGGUGUUGCCCUCUUGGGACACCCUGACGAUGGGCGCGGAUCCCCAAGUACCGCGGGGCUUCCGCCAAGCCUUCGAGUGGUUCUGCAAGGCCGCCCUGGUGAUCCGGCCCGAGGUGUGCGCGGCCUUGCAGGUAGCGCGGGGCAUGUGUUUGGACCUCCUCACAGAGAAGGUCUUCGAGACCGCAUUCAACUCCCCCUUGAGGCUGCAGGAGUUUUCCGAGCGCCAGGAGGCAUCGAUCAUGCGCCUGAAAGGGCGCCUGGGGAUGUGGGUGAACACCAUCCGCAUGCGUAUCACGCAGUGCCUGCAACAGGCAACUGUGAAGUGGUAUCACCUCAAUGAGACGUCUAUUGAGAACUACAGGGCGAGCCGUUUGCGACCGAUGUUGGUGUGCUGUGGUUUGAUGAUGUCCAACGCGUUCCUCCUCCUGGCAGAGGACAACCUCACAUCAUUUGUGAAAGUGCUUGAAGGCCUCACACCACUGCGGGUGGAGAUGACGAAAGAUCGGCAUGUGCUCCGAACGCUCAGGAAUAUCGUGAAACCAGAUCCUGACAAGGACGAGAUUGCCUUGGAACCGGUCUUCAAGAAGGCGCUCUUCAAGGUGGAGAUCGUGCUUAACCCUCAACUGGCAGCGAGAGCGGCAGCAGCGGAGGCUGCGGUGGAAGGGGACAAGAAGAAAGAAGAGAAGAAAGGCAAGGAGAAGGGCAAGGAGGAGGAGAAGAAGGUCGAGGGUCCUCCAAUGUUGCACUUUGCAUACAAGACCGACUUGGGAGAAGCAAAACAGGCAGUGCUCACCAUGUUCGACAAGGGAAUGGCAUCCUUCCGUGAUGUGCAUAGCAUCGAAAGUGUUCUGCUGCCCCAUCUCAUUCGCGAUCAUCACCUGGAUCCCAUCUUCACCCCCAACGAUGAAUGGGUGACUCAGCUUCGCGAACGGCUUGAGGAGACCCUGGCCAAGCAGGAGCCAUGGCUGCAAGGGAUCCUCGAGGCCUUCGAGAGUUUCAAGGAUGUCGUGGUCAUGGAUCCGGAGGCUGCUGCAGCCCGGCUUCAGUCAGAGCAGCAGCCUCCCUCUGCAGUGAGGGCCAUGAUCGAGGAGAGGAAGGAGCGAAUUCGGCAGAUCCAAGAGUCCAUCCCCGAUGACAAGGAGUCCAUGACCGUCGGAUUCUAUCGCAUCGAGUCCGGAACCAUCCGAUCUCAGCUGGUUGAAAAGUUGGAGCAGUCAGUGCAGCUGCUGCUGAAGCACUUGGCCGAGGCAUUGGAGGUGAACAUCCACGAGGCCACAGCAGCCUUCGAGGGUAUCUUUGCCAAGCUGCAGACGCAGGUUUCGACCAUCGAAGAGUGCUCGGAUAUGAAGGACUUCCUGAAGUCCAUCCCCAACGAGCUCACCAAGCUGGCGGGCGCCGUGAACGAAGCCAUGCAACUGACCGAUUUGGUCGAAGACUUGCGCUACGAGCUGCCGGCGGAGACGCUGGAAGCGCGCUGGGAGAUGUUUGGGUCCUCCGGACUGGUGAAGUCAAGGGCGGCAAAGUGCUUGGAGUACCUCAACACUCAACAUGACUCUUUCUUGACGUCUCAAGAGACAGAGCAGAAGGAGUUCGAUGCACGACUUGGAAGGUUGGAAGAGGUCAUCGAGGGCUUCUCGCAGUACAAAGACUUGGCGCAAGUGAGAGAGGUUGCCGACAAGGUGCGCGAAACCUCCGAUGAGAUCAAGGCCUGUCAAGAUCUGGUGCGGCUCUUCAACUCGCGCGAGGUGUUGUUCGAUCGGGAUCAGACCGAUUACUCGAACCUUCAGACCAUGAUCAAAACAUUCGAGCCCUACAAUAACCUGUGGAAGACAGCCGGCGAUUGGGUCAGCAACAAGGAGGCCUGGCUGCAAGGGCCCUUCGACGAGAUUGACCCUCGUUACUGCGAGAACGAGGUCACCAACGGCAUUCGCCUGCUGUUCAAGACCAUCCGCGCCCUCAAGGAGAACGAAGAAACCAAGUCCAUCAGCGGCAUUGCGGAGCAAAUCAAGAAUGAACUGGAGGAGUUUAAGCCCAACCUCCCUCUGGUCACUGGCCUUCGCAACGAGGGCAUGCGCCAGCGGCAUUGGGAGCAGAUUUCGGAUAAGUCCAGCGUGCAGGUGGGUCCGGGCAUGGAUGGAGGCUUCACCUUGCAGAGGAUGCUGGACGUUGGUCUCUUGAACUUUGCCAACGAGGUGGCCGAAGUGGGUGACCGAGCAGGAAAAGAGUACGGCCUCGAAAAGACCUUGAACAAAAUGAAGGCUGACUGGGAGCCCUUGUCCUUCGACCUCUCCGAGAAGUACAGGAAGACCGGCACCUACGUGUUGAAGGGCGACGGCGAGGCGAUGGUGCUCCUGGACGAGCAUAUUGUGACCACCCAGGCGAUGAUGUUUUCCACCUUCAAAGGUCCUUUCGAAGAGGACAUCGAUGAGUGGAAUGCACGACUCAUGCGGGUGUCGGAGACCUUGGAAGAAUGGUUGAAAUGCCAGAAGGCAUGGAUGUACUUGCAGCCGAUCUUUGAUUCAGAUGACAUCAUGCGGCAGCUCCCCACGGAAGGCAAGCGCUUCAAACACGUGGACGCCACCUGGCGACAGGAGAUGAUCAACACCAGGGAGAACCCGAAGAUCAUCGACAUUUGCGCCACGGAAGGGCUUCUUGAGAAAUGGCGGGAGUGCAACGUAACACUGGACAUGGUGCAGAAAGGGCUGGAGGACUACUUGGAGACCAAGCGGAAUGGCUUUGCACGCUUCUAUUUCCUCUCCAACGAUGAGCUGUUGGAAAUCCUGUCGCAGACAAAGGAUCCCACCAGAGUUCAGCCGUUCUUGUCCAAAGUGUUCGAGGCCAUGUCAAAAGUCACCUUCACCUCAGACAAUGAGGUUACGCACAUGAUAUCUCCAGAAUCGGAGCAAGUGGAGAUGUCGACCCCAGUGGUGACUCACCAAAAGGCAGUGGAAGUUUGGAUGGGCGACCUCCAAGACGGGAUGUGCAUGGCAAUCCGCAAUGCGCUGGAUCUGGGCAUCGGCUCAUAUCCGACCAUGGACCGCACUGACUGGGUUUUGGCCAACCCCGCGCAGAUCGUGCUGAAUGGGUCCCAGGUGUUCUGGACCUCAGAGGUGGAGGCUGCCUUCGAUGGCAACUUCUUGGGCGACUACGCGAAGAAGCUCUCACAACAAAUUCUGGACUUGAUCAUGCUUCUGCGCAAAGGGGUGAACAAGCUGCAGACAAAGACUAUGAACGCCUUGAUUGUGAUCGAUGUCCAUGCAAAGGAUGUGAUUUGGAAUUUCGUCGAGCAGGAAGUGAAGGAUAAGUCUUCCUUCGAGUGGAUCUCGCAGCUGCGCUACUACUGGGAAAUGGAUGACCGAGGACAGGAGAACAUGUGGGUGAAGUGCGUUCAGACAUCCUUUCCUUAUGGCUAUGAGUACCUGGGAAACUCCAUGCGCCUGGUGAUUACUCCAUUGACCGACAUGUGCUACAUCACCCUGAUGGGCGCCCAGUCUCUCAGCCUUGGCGGCGCGCCGGCCGGGCCAGCAGGCACAGGGAAGACGGAGACCACCAAGGACUUGGCGAAGGCUCUGGCGAAGCAGUGCGUGGUCUUCAACUGUUCACCGGAGAUGGACUACAUCAUGGUGGGGAAGUUCUUCAAAGGCUUGGCAUUCUCUGGUGCCUGGUGCUGCUUUGAUGAGUUCAACCGCAUCAACAUUGAGGUGCUUUCCGUCAUUGCCCAGCAGCUCAUGGUGCUCUUUGGCAGGAAGGCAGAGCUCGCCAGCUACAACGACACGGUUGAGCUGGAGUUUGAAGGGACUCUCAUUGUGAUGAAGCCCACCUUCAAUGUCUUCAUCACCAUGAACCCAGGCUACGCUGGCCGCGCGGAGCUCCCGGACAACUUGGCGGCCCUCUUCCGACCAGUGGCGAUGAUGGUGCCAGACUACGCCCUCAUCGGGGAGAUCAUGUUCUAUGCUUACGGCUUCACAGAGGCAAAGGUCCUGGCAAAGAAGAUGGUGACAACGUUCACGCUCUCAUCUGAGCAGCUAUCCUCACAGUUCCACUACGACUACGGCAUGCGCGCCGUGAAAAGUACCAUUGAGAUGUGCGGAAAGCUGAAGCGGGAGGUGGGUGACCUACCAGAGGACCAGAUCACCUUGCGGGCGCUUCGGGAUGUGAACGUGCCCAAGUUCCUGAAGGAUGACCUGCCUCUGUUCGAGAACAUCAUCUCAGACCUAUUCCCCACCACAGACCGGCCUGUGGUUGAGUACGGCAACCUCACUCCUGUGAUGGAGGCUUGUGGCAAGGAGCAGAACCUCCAGCUCACGGACAACUUUGUUGUGAAGGUGGUGCAGCUCAUUGACACCAUCGGAGUGCGGCACGGGCUCAUGUUGGUGGGGCCAACUGGAGGCGGCAAGACAUGCAACUACCGGCUGCUGCAAGCCACCUCCAUCGCCAUGUGCGAGGCCGGGGACACCAAGUAUCAGAAGGUGCAGACCCACAUCCUGAACCCCAAGGCCAUUACUCAGGCACAGCUGUACGGAGCCUUCGACGAGAUCACACGCGAGUGGUCCGAUGGCGUGGCCAGCGAAUGCGUACGCACAGCUGUGGCCAGCGGCAAGUCAGGAUGUGCUGACAACCAUUGGGUGAUUUUUGAUGGCCCGGUGGAUGCCCUAUGGAUUGAGUCCAUGAACACCGUGCUGGAUGAUAACAAGAAGCUUUGCCUGACCUCUGGCGAAAUCAUCUCGUUGACUCCGCAAAUGAGGAUGGUGUUCGAAGUGGAGGAUCUGUCAGUGGCAUCGCCUGCCACGGUGAGCCGAUGCGGCAUGGUGUACAUGGAGCCUUCUGCUUUGGGCAACGAGCCUUUGGUUCAGUCGUGGGUGGAACGCCUGCCGUCCACCUUCAAGCAGGAGAUGUGUGACAAGCUCAAGGAACUCAUGUUGGCCUACACGUUGCCGAUGAUCCGGAUCGUUCGCAAGCUGACCAAGGAGCCUUCGAUGACUGUGGACAACAACAUUUGUGAGUCGCAUUUCAGGCUGAUGGACUGCUACUUUUCGGAGUACAUCCCCACGGAGGCCAAGACCCCGAGCCCGGAUGAGAUCAACAAGCUGCAGUCGCACUUGGUUCCUUUGUACUUCUUCACCCUAGUGUGGUCUGUCGGUGCUACUUGCGACAACAAGGGCCGGCAGACCUUCAAU